CGGUGGGUUCUUCUGACGUGUGCUACCAGUCCUCUGACGGCACACCUACCCCCCUUAAAAGCCCACCGAGUCACCCAAGAGACCUCCGCCAUUAUCUCAUUGGAGCGCUCCUUGCAGGCUUUUGGAGAGAAGCCGUCCGAGAAACAGCGCAUGCCUCUAGAAACUUUUCAGGUCUCCAUGCGUCGUUGUUCUUAGCGCAAGACCGGCGCCACCAUGACCAUCCACGUCGAGGGGCUUGUGGCUAUCGCGCUCUUCUACCUCCUCAUCCUCUUUGUGGGCAUUUGGGCGGCAUGGAAGAACAAACACUCCGGGGAGGCCGAAGGGACCGACCGCAGCGAAACCAUCAUGGUCGGAGGAAGAGAUAUUGGAUUAUUCGUCGGAGGAUUUACCAUGACUGCAACGUGGGUUGGAGGAGGAUACAUUAAUGGCACAGCUGAGUACGUUUAUCUGCCAGAUUAUGGCUUGGCUUGGGCACAAGCCCCCUUUGGAUAUGCCCUCAGUCUUGUUGUAGGAGGACUUUUUUUCGCCAAGCCCAUGCGCUCAAGAGGUUACGUCACCAUGUUGGACCCGUUCCAGCAGCUAUACGGCAAACGCAUGGGUGGCCUUCUCUUCAUACCCGCAUUAAUGGGGGAGAUCUUCUGGUCCGCCGCCAUCUUGUCGGCUCUUGGCGCCACGCUCAGCGUCAUCGUGGACAUCAACAUCAAAAUGUCGGUGGUUAUCUCGGCCCUCAUCGCCAUCUUUUACACGCUGGUUGGAGGACUUUACUCGGUGGCCUACACUGACGUCGUGCAGCUCUUCUGCAUCUUUCUUGGCCUGUGGAUCAGCGUGCCGUUCGCGCUGACCAACCCGGCCGUGUCAGACAUCACGGUGACCGCAGUGGAGUACGUGUACCAGUCGCCGUGGAGAGGCAGCAUCAACAAGAGUGACACCUGGGUCUGGAUCGACAAUUUUUGCCUCCUGAUGCUCGGAGGAAUCCCUUGGCAGGUUUAUUUCCAACGAGUGCUCUCCGCUUCUUCUGCGACCUACGCACAAGUCCUGUCCUUCAUCGCUGCGUUCGGAUGCCUGGUCAUGGCCGUUCCCUCCGUUCUUAUUGGAGCUAUCGGGGCCUCCACAGACUGGAACCAAACAACAUACGGCAGCAUUCCUCCCAAAGAGAAAGAAGAAGCCGAUAUGAUCCUCCCCAUCGUUCUGCAGCACCUCUGCCCGCCGUUUGUGUCUUUUUUCGGCCUGGGCGCCGUGUCGGCCGCCGUCAUGUCCUCCGCGGACUCGUCCAUCCUGUCAGCCAGCUCCAUGUUUGCGAGGAACAUCUACCAGCUGGCCUUCAGACAAUCGGCGUCCGACCGAGAGAUCGUGUGGGUCAUGCGCAUCACCAUCUUUGUGUUCGGCGGCCUGGCCACGCUGAUGGCCUUGGUCACGGGGACGGUUUACGGACUGUGGUACCUCAGCUCAGACUUGGUUUACGUCAUCAUCUUCCCGCAGCUCCUCAGCGUGCUCUUCGUCAAAGGCACCAACACGUACGGCUCGGUGGCGGCGUACGCUUUUGGCAUGGUGCUGCGUAUCGGCGGGGGGGAACCUUACCUGCAGCUGCCCCCUUUCAUUUAUUACCCCGGAUGGAGCCUCGAGCAGCGCAAGCACCACAUCACCGGAGAAAUGGAGGACGUGGUCAUCCAAAAGUUUCCCUUCAAAACAGCGUCGAUGCUAGCGUCCUUCCUGGGUAACGUGGCCUUUUCCUACCUGGCCAAGUACCUGUUUGAGAGCGGCAAGCUGUCUCAUAAAUACGACUUUCUCGACGCCGUGGUGUCCAAGCACAGCGGCGAGAUUAUGGAUAAAACCACGCUGGUGACCCGCGGCAACAACAUCGGGCUGUCUGAGAUGGCGCCCGUCAAACCGCGGCUGAGCGUGACCUUGGCGGCCGCCUUCACGCGCCGCGACACAUUGCCGACAGAUACCGUGGAGGAGGAAGAGGAGGAGUCAAGCCCCGACUACUCCCACCACGAUGAAGAAUGACAAGAUCCAGACGUGUGUUUUUAGAAGACUGGGAAAAAAAUGCUCCGGCUGUCCAUCAAACUGAAGACAAUACGCAAGCAAGGACAAUGAGGUGCAACACCGGCGGGUCGUAGCUGGCACACCGCAGCAAUAUAUUCUCACAAAAUUAAUAACACUCUUCACUUUCACAAAUACAUCUGACUUUAGGCGAAAGGCAGACGGCACCAUUUGCGAGUCACUCACAGUGCCCAGACAAACAGUCAAGCAUUUAAAGUUACAUUUAUGAGCGGGAAGUAAAUGAUCACAUGACCCAAAACUGAUUUUGUUACCUCUGAUCUAAGAAGACAAACGAGAUCAUGACUCAAGAGGCAACUCAUCAGCACAGCUCAAUAGAAUUUAUAGAAGCAAUAGUGGAAAUAGUCAAGCAUUGCGCUGGUUUUCUUUCAGAAGCCGAUCAAGAUCAAUGAGACUUUUAUUCUGCUGCCUUAAUGAAAAUGAUGAGUGUGCAUUUCCACACACCUCACCGGUCAAAGAGCAGUGAAGAAAAAAAAAAAAA